AUGUUUGACCAACAGCAAUCGGACGAGGCCUUUCAGCAGGAUACCUCUAUAGCGUACAUUGUAGAGCAAAAGAAGCCAACAGGCCAGCUUGACGAGAGCCGUGUCUGCAAUCAAGUAAGCUUCAGUCAGGGCCGAAACGUCCUCGCGCAGCUUGGCGACGGUGCCCACUCGUUCCCCUUUUAUCAACCAAUCUGGAGCUCUUCCACGCCCAUACAUCAACUGCUACUCAUGGAACAGUCUUCCUUCAUAAUCGCUGAUGGUCGUCCUGAGGUAGCUCAUGAGUGGGCAUGCACCAACAGACAGUUCAAAGACUCUGUCAACACAAUACUCCGUGCAUCGUCGCUUGCGUCUUGUUCUAGGGGACAGGGACCGGUUCUCCAAUCUGCAGAGCGAUCUGGAGGCUUGAGGACUGAGGAUGGCAGCGAACCAAACGAAGCAGGUGCCGACGAUGAAGAAAGCCAGGCGGCGUUACGACUUCAAACCCUUGGUCAAGUCGCCGAGAGAGGGUGA